GCAAUAAAAAUGCAUCCCAUGGAACUGCCCAUGGAGAAGGACGGGACCGAGGCGCAGCAGCCGGAGGAGGUGGUCAAGGCGGAGCAGGACGCCCAGGAGGCGGCGGCGCAGGCCGGGAAGUGAAAGGUCUCGGAAAGUUCAGGCGCAGCUGCGGGCGCCGAGCCCCGGGCCAGCGGCGCAGGAGCCCGCAGAGCCGCUCCGCAGGGCAGGGCGGCCGGGCGGGCUAUGGUCCUGGGGCUCCCGGCGCCCCCGAGGUGCCCGGGCCCCUCCAGGCCGGUGCGCGAGGGUCACCCCACCGCCCGGCUGGGCUCCCGCCCGCGGCUCCCGGGCGCCGGCGCCCCCUGACCGCGCCUGGCGCGCCAGGAGGAGGAAGAAAGACCGAGCCCCGGCUCUGUCCGAGGACGGCCGGCGCUGCAUCCCACCGCCGAGAGGGCUCGGCUCCCUCGCGCACCCGCCCGGCCCGGGUCCUCCCGGCUCCUCCCGGCCAUGGGGAGCUGCGCGCGGCUGCUGCUGCUGUGGGGCUGCUCCGCGCUGGCCGCAGGACCGAGUGGAGUAGCUGGAACGGGUUCCCGCUGUGAGAAAGCCUGUAACCCUCGGAUGGGAAAUUUGGCUCUAGGGAGAAAACUCUGGGCAGACACCACCUGUGGUCAGAACGCCACUGAACUGUACUGCUUUUUCAGUGAGAACACUGAUCUGACUUGUCGGCAGCCCAAGUGUGACAAAUGCAAUGCUGCCCAGCCUCACCUGGCUCACCUGCCAGCUGCCAUGGCAGACUCGCCCUUCAGGUUCCCCCGCACGUGGUGGCAGUCCGCUGAGGAUGUGCACAGAGAAAAGAUCCAGUUAGACCUGGAAGCUGAAUUCUACUUCACUCAUCUAAUUAUGGUGUUCAAGUCCCCCAGGCCAGCAGCCAUGGUGCUGGACCGGUCCCAGGACUUUGGGAAGACAUGGAAGCCUUACAAGUACUUUGCAACUAAUUGCUCGGCUACAUUUGGCCUGGAAGAUGAUGUUGUCAAGAAGGGAGCUAUUUGCACUUCUAGAUACUCCAGUCCUUUUCCAUGCACUGGAGGAGAGGUUAUUUUCAGAGCUUUGUCACUACCCUAUGAUGUGGAGAACCCUUACAGUGCCCAGGCGCAGGAGCAGCUGAAGAUCACCAAUCUCCGUGUGCAGCUGCUAAAACGGCAGUCUUGUCCUUGUCAGAGAAAUGACCUGAAUGCAAAGCUUCAACAUUUUACACACUACGCCAUCUAUGAUUUCAUUGUCAAGGGCAGCUGCUUCUGUAAUGGCCACGCUGAUCAGUGUGUACCUGUCGAUGGCUUCAGACCCGUCAAGGCCCCAGGAACUUUCCAUGUGGUCCAUGGGAAGUGUAUGUGUAAGCACAACACAGCAGGCACCCAUUGCCAACAUUGUGCACCAUUAUACAAUGACCAGCCUUGGGAGGCAGCUGAUGGCAAAACAGGAUCUCCUAAUGAAUGCAGAACCUGCAAGUGCAAUGGGCAUGCUGAUACCUGUCACUUUGACAUUAAUGUGUGGGCAGCAUCAGGGAAUCGCAGUGGUGGCGUCUGCAACAACUGUCAGCAUAACACGGAAGGUCAGCAUUGCCAACGAUGUAAGACAGGCUUCUACCGGGACCUCCGGAGACCCUUCUCAGCUCCAGAUGCUUGCAAAAUGUGUUCCUGCCAUCCAGUUGGAUCAGCUGUCCUUCCUUUCAGCUCAGUGACCUUCUGUGACCCCAGCAAUGGUGACUGCCCUUGCAAGCCUGGGGUGGCAGGGCCACACUGUGACAGGUGUAUGGUGGGAUACUGGGGCUUCGGAGACUACGGCUGCAGGCCCUGUGACUGCGCGGGCAACUGCGACCCCCUCACAGGAGACUGCAUCAGCAGCAGUACAGACAUAGACUGGUAUCAAGAAAUUCCUGAGUUCCAUUCCAUGCACAAUAAGAGCGAACCAACCUGGGAAUGGGAAGAUGAGCAAGGAUUCUCUGCCCUUCGACAUUCAGGCAAAUGUGAAUGUAAAGAACAGGUAUUAGGAAACCCCAAGGCAUUCUGUGGAAUGAAAUACUCAUAUGUGCUAAAAAUAAAGAUUUUAUCAGCUCAUGAUAAAGGAUCUCAUGCUGAGGUCAAUGUGAAGAUAAAAAAAGUAUUAAAAUCCACCAAAUUGAAAAUAUUACGAGGAAAGCGAACAUUAUAUCCAGAAUCAUGGACGAGCAGAGGCUGCACUUGUCCAAUCCUCUAUCCUGGUUUGCAGUACCUUGUAGCAGGACAUGAAGAUGUAAGAACAGGCAAACUUAUUGUGAAUAUGAAAAGUUUUGUCCAACGCUGGAAACCAUCUCUUGGAAGAAAAGUCAUGGAUAUUUUAAAAAGAGAGUGCAAGUAGCAACAAAGGUGGAUAGCACAUAAUGGCACUUCUCUAUGUAGAAAAACACAAACUUAAUGGAAAGGAGACCUCAAAAAUGAAACUGGAAUUUUUUAAAGUGCCAAAAUGUAUAGAAAUGUUCCAAUGCAUGGGUCUUGUCUAACCUACUCUUUUGGGCCCAUGUUAAAAUAUAGUUUAUUUCAUAAAGAGGAAUGAAAAAACCUAUGCUGAUACCUGUUUUCUAUGAGACUGAUUCUGAAAUUCCUAACCAUUAAGAGUAUUUUAAUAACAGUAUGAUAUUUAGCAGUAAUUCGUUAAGGGCAAUACAUUUAACAAGGACUCCUCCCAUUUUCAGAUAUGUUAGUUACAUUUGUGCUACUUAAAGUAAUUAAUGAGAUUUUAAGGAAUCCCUAACCCUGCUAUCAGAAAAGGUAUUUCUUAAAAAGAGCCUUCUCUUAAAUGAUACAUGUGAACUUUGAUCUGUGAGGUUUUAAAUGGAACCUCUCCACAUGUACAUAGUAUUUCCUUGUAUAAAGCACUUUACUACCUAAUACUUGUGUUGUGAAAGUUUGGAGACUGCUGUUGCAGAAAGAAAAGGAAAGGGUGAGAAGAAAAACCUACUGAAACAGAAGCACUGCCACGGUGGACCCAAGUGAUCACAUAAAGGGAGUCGUGCUGUUUUACUCUGAACUCUUGGAGAGCUAUGUGAAGAUGCAGCCUUAAAGGAAAAAUUUGCAUGAAGUCUCAGCUUCAGGCUAGAGGUUAGAUUCCACAGAUACCAGCUGUGAUGAAACUUUUUUAAAUACUAAAUAAGAAGAGACUUUAAAAUAUGAGGAAGAAAUUAUAAAAAUAGAAAUAUGCUUGGAUAAAGAGGAAAUGGACUUAAACAUAAAAAGCUCAUUUAUUUGCAAUGCACUUGUAAACACUUCAAAAAUUAUUGUAGACACAGAAUUUGUUUUAUUUUUGUGUUUAGUAUUUAAACCUGAGUAAUUGAAAGAGUUUCCUCCUUGCCUUUAUUAACAAUAUAUGGUCAUUAUUUACUGUAGUCAUUAUUUGGACACAGUGUAUGUGAUGGUUCACCAAAUUAAAGUUUUUCAUUAGUAUUCAACUUCUGUACCCAUGAUAAUCACUAUACAUAGUUUCUUCUGUACUUGAAUAUACAGAACAUGAUCCACAGUGCCAUAAGAUUAACUUCACGUACAGAACUUUUUUUUCCCUGAGGUCCUGUGGACUUGCAAAAAAUAUAUAUAUAUUGCUUUGUUAAUUUUUUUAUAUUGCAUAUAUGUAAUAAAAGAAUAUGAUCU